ACUUUUUUUUCGAGUAGUACGAACAAUUUUAAUGAUCACAGUUUGCCUUUUCUUGGAUCAAAUUACGGAUACUUUAACUGAUGACGAAGUGGAUGCCAUUCCGGGAAAUGCCUCAUCGUCUGAUAUAGCACCAAAUAAAAGAUGUUAUGCGAGAGAUUUGCUAAAGCCCUAUUUGGGUGACAAUGGUAAAAUCGAUCUUAAACGUUUGGUUAACAAUUUCCAGAAUCCUGAUUCCAUUAAAAUGCUGCAGUGUAAAGAGAAAUACGAUAAUGUGAUCGAUGCAGCUGAUUGUGAUUAUUCAGUUUAUAUAUUGCAAUGCCUCAUUUCGGAGUAAAAUUUUAAAUUACUGCAACGGAUGUUGACAGAGAUCUUUGGUUUAGA